AUAUUUUUAUGUAUAUGAAAAGGCGGGAUAAGCGUAGGUCGCCAUUGUGUAAUAAAUAGAAGAAAAGGCGGGAUAAAAUAAUGCAUUGUAGACAUUUUGCUGAGAAUAUUUAAAUCAUUUGCGAUUAUUGCAUAAUUUAAUAUGAACGAAUUAGAUCAUUAUAAUAAGAGUAAAGAAACAGAUGUUGAGAUGUCUGCUUUAGAAGUAUCCAGCGAGUCAAAUAAAACAGCAGGCAAAAGACAACGUGCGAUAUCUUCUGAAGAUGAAACAUUACCUGCAAAGAAGUCUCGCAAUUCUACAGAACAAGAAGUAUCAGCUUCAAAUAGAUCAACAUCGCAUGAUGCAACUGAUGAUGUGAAGAAAGAAAUAAAAGAAAAUACAAACUCAACGAAUAAUCAGGAAAGCAUAUCUUUAUCGACUAAUAAUAUCAAUAAGAAAUCUAAUGACGAAGAAGAAGACAAAGAAGAGGAUGAAGAAGAAAUAGAAGAGAAAAAAGAAGUAAAAGAAGAAAAAGAGGAAGAAAAGGAAGAAGAAAAAAAAGAACAAGAAAAUAAUGGAAACAGUUCGCCAAAAGCAAAUGAUAGUACAAAUGAAACUGACGAUGAAAAAUCAAAUGAUGAACCAAAAGAGGAGGAUUCUUCUAAGAUUAUUGAAACACUUGACAAAUCUAUUGCAAAUGAGAGCAUGAACAAUUCAUUGAAAACUAAGGAAAAUAGUGGAGAGGAAAGCAUUAAUUUGAAUGUUACUAUGUCAUCUACUACAGAAACAGAAGUAGUAGAUGGACUAGAACUUUCAGUAGAAUGCGCAAGUGAUAAGGAAGAAUCUAGUUCUGAAAGCGAUAAAGAUAAAGAUCUUAAACCAAGAACAAAAACGAUUAUUGUCAAAGCUAAACCGAAUGAAUCUGAACUUGAAUUUAGUUCGUCCGAAGUAGAAGAAUUUGAAGAACAAAAUUUGAAGGAGAAAAAGAAAAAUCUUAAAUUAGGAAAGCAAAAAAAUCUUAGAACAUCUUCCAACGCGAAAAUUUCUGGUUCCGAAGAUAGUUCAGAUAAAAAUAUGGAAGAGGAAGAAUAUAAGCCACAAAAUAAGAAAAAAGUUAAGAAAAAUUUGAAUAAAAGAUCUACCAAACCUUCGACUGAAUCUAAAAGAGGUCGUGGUGCACGAAAAGUUAAUUUGAAGAAAGGCAAUGAUAAAAGUUCGAUUAAUGACAAUGAAGAUGAGGAUAAUGAUGAUGAUGAUAAAGACAAUGACGUUGAAAAGAAUGACAACAAAGAAAUUGCUGAAAGAGUAACCAAAUCAGUUGAUGAAAAUAAAGACAAACAAAAGCACUAUUCAUCUGAUAAUGAAUCAUCCGGAAGCAAGAGUGAAAGUAACAAUGAUCCAGAUCAAGCAAAGGAUGAUAAAAAGAAGAUACGUGCUUUUAACAAAUUUGAAGAUGAUAAGAGGAUAAAAUCAUUAAAAAAAUUUAUAAGAGCUGCUGGUAUUAACGUUAAAUCCUAUCAAGAACUAUGCAGAGGAUGCAAGUCUAAUGCUGCUAGAGUAAGACGACUAAAAUCAUUGUUGGAAGAACAUGGAAUUAGCGGAAGACCGACUUUGGAGAAGUGCAAGAAAGUGAAAGAACAUAAUGAAAGACUAAAAGAAGUAUCUGAAUUAGAUAAGAGCAAUAUUAUAUCAGAAGGACGUAUUACACGCUCUCGCAGAGGUAUGGAUAAUAAUAAGAAUUCAAUAAUAUCCCCGGAAACUCCAUCACGAUAUCGCGAAACUCGCAACGCGUACAAAAGAAUUCAAACUGUUAUCGAUAGCGAUUCUGAGUGAAAGCUAAGUUAAGUUUACUUAUAUAGAUCGUUCAUAUAAAAUAUUUUUUAUCGGAAUUUCUAACAUUAAAGUUUAUGCACGAAUAUUUGUUAUUAUUUCGCCUUAAUAAUGUCUCUAUUGUGUAUCUUACAUAUAUAAAUAUAUAUUUAUAAAAAUAAUCACUCUAUCUUAACGAGAAAA